AAGAAGAAGAAGAAGAAGAGCUAGUAAUAAUUAAGUAGAAAUUAAGGAAAAAUGGGCCAUCAUUCAUGCUGCAAUCAACAGAAAGUUAAGAGAGGGCUUUGGUCACCUGAGGAAGAUGAGAAACUCAUCAGAUAUAUUACAACUCAUGGUUAUGGCUGCUGGAGUGAAGUUCCAGAAAAAGCUGGGCUUCAAAGAUGUGGUAAGAGUUGUAGGUUAAGAUGGAUUAAUUAUUUAAGGCCUGAUAUUAGAAGAGGAAGGUUUACACCUGAGGAGGAGAAGUUAAUUAUAAGCCUACAUGGUGUUGUUGGCAACAGAUGGGCUCACAUUGCAAGCCACUUACCUGGUAGAACGGACAACGAAAUAAAAAAUUAUUGGAAUUCAUGGAUCAAAAAGAAAAUUAGAAAGUCUUCUUCUUCUUCAUCUAUUAAUUCAUCAAUCAAUGCACCAAGUGUUGAUCAUCAUCAUCAUUCCCAGUUCAAUUACAAUUUCAAUCAAUUAGAUAAUUAUUUCACCAACCAUGAAAAUGUAACAACAUCAACAACAAAAGAAACCUUAUUUUCUUCAACAUGUCCUUCAUUUAUGUUUGACACAAGUUCACUACAUGAAACAACAUCAACAAUAGACACCAAUGUAAUUAUAAGACCAGAAAUACUCUUUCAUGAUACUAUGAGUUUGAGUUCUGAAACAUGGAACUUGAAUCUGAAUCAUCAUCAAGUUCAGGCACUUCCUCCUCAUCCUGCAUCGACGACAACUUUUACGACCAAUAUUCAUGAUUAUAAUCUGCCACCAUUGAUAGAGAAUAAUGUGGAAAAUAUGAUGCAAUCUUGUAAUAUGGAUCAUGAGGAAGGAGGAGAAAUGUUAGAGUUGAAUGAAUGGGUGGAAAAUGAACAACAACAAUGUCCUAGCUUUAUUUUCAGCUGGGAAAGUGAUCAAGAACAAGUACUAGUACCAAACUCAUUACCACAUAUGGGAACAACAAAUUCAUCAUCACUUUCUCCUUUUCCUUCUUCAUUAAGAGACAGAAAAUUAGGGUUUAGUUGCAGGCUGCUAAGUGAUAGAAAAGGGUGCGAGUGUUUUAUCGCCGUUCCUCUGUUUACAGCCUCCGCAUCGCACAUUUCAACCAUGAUCAUUUCAGAGAAGAACCGUAGAGAGAUCUCCAAAUACCUCUUCCAAGAGGGAGUUUGCUAUGCAAAGAAGGAUUACAAUUUGGCUAAGCACCCUGAGAUUGAUGUUCCAAAUCUGCAAGUGAUUAAGCUUAUGCAGAGCUUCAAAUCUAGGGAAUAUGUUAGGGAAACUUUUGCUUGGAUGCACUAUUACUGGUUUUUGACCAAUGAUGGAAUUGAGUUCCUUAGGACUUAUCUCAAUCUUCCAUCUGAGAUUGUUCCAGCUACUUUGAAGAAACAGGCUAAGCCAGCUGGAAGGCCAUUUGGCGGUCCACCUGGUGAUCGCCCUAGGGGCCCACCUAGAUUUGAUGGUGAAAGGAGAUUCGGUGGUGAUCGUGAUGGAUACCGUGGAGGUCCCAGAGGACCUGGUGGUGAAUUUGGAGGAGAGAAAGGCGGAGCACCAGCUGACUACAGACCUUCCUUUGGGGGUCCUGGAGGAAGACCUGGCUUUGGUCGUGGUUCUGGUGGUUUUGGAGCACCAACUAGUUCAAAUGAUGCUUAAAUGUAAUGCUAUUCUGUUCCAGCCCAUGCAGUUUUGGAUGUUAUUAGAUUCUAUAGUAUUUCCCCUCCACCCAAAGUUGUUUGAUCCCUCUGACGUUUUAUUUAAUAUUCAGUUAUUCAUGCAAUGAGAAUUUUGAACUGAUUGUUUUUGCU